AUGGAUUUCGCCUUAAUAGCGCUAGUUUUGACAGAAGUGCUAUCAUGCUCAGUAUAUUCGAUUUUAGCACCUUUUUUCCCUUCAGAGGCAAAUAGCAAAGGAAUUGGAAGCUCCUUAGUAGGGGUUAUUUUCAGUGGAUAUCCGAUUGCUGCAAGCAUAUCAUCUUUAAUUUUCGCAAAAUUUAUAUCAAAAAUAGGAAGACGAAAAUUACUUGUAUUUGGCUGCGCUUGUGAAGGCUUUGCAAUGCUUACAUUUGGAUUUGUUCCUUAUAUUAAUCGGCAAUUAUUUAUUAUUAUUUCUACUAUAGCCAGAUUUGGACAAGGCCUUGGAGCAGGAGCUAAUACAACUGCUACGUUUGCAAUAGUAGCAGUUACAUAUCCAGAUAGAAUGGAAUCAGUUAUUGGCCUAGUUCAGUCAACAGCAGGCAUUGGAUUUUUAGUAGGACCUCUGAUAGGAUCAGCACUCUACUCAAUCGGCGGUUUUUCCUUUCUAUUUUUUACCUAUGGAAUUAUUUUCUUAAUUUUUGUCCCGGUCAUAUACACAAUGCUACCUAGAGAUGCAGAAUAUAAUAAAAAUAGAGAUGAAAUACAGUUAUCAGAGCUCGCCAAAAUUCCGACUGUGAUUUAUAAUGGAAUUGUUCAGAUUAUAUCAAUAAUGAGCUUAAGCUUUCUUUAUCCAACACUGACAAAUCAUCUUGCUUCUUUUGGUGUCAGCACUGCUUGGACUGGAGUCAUUUUCUCGUUACCAUCAGGUGCUUAUGCACUGGCUGCUGUUGUGUUAAGCUAUAUUAAAUGAGAGAAGAAACUUAUUAUGAGCAUUGGGCUGUUUUUUAUUUCUAUGGCAAACUUUCAUGUGGGGCCAUGAGAGUAUUUAUUUUAUCUACCUCAAAAAUUAUGGAUUGUUGUAAUGGCAGGAGCAUUUUUAGGAUUUGGUCUUGGCUUAUCUAAUCUUCCAGUGCUUCCUGAUAUGGUUGAAAAUUCUGUAAAAGUCCUUAGGCAGUACACAGAAGCCCAAAUUUCUGAUUCAUUAUCAGGUUUGCUGUGCUUUGCUAUAUUUUUUGGUGAAAUCUGUGGACCCCCUUUAUCAGGAUUUCUUGCAGAAAGCAUGGAUUUUGGCAAUGCUGAAGCAAUAAUGGGGUUUGCAGUGCUAUUUUAUUUGAUCAUUUAUGUAAUUUUUAGGAAAAAACAAAAUUCCUUAAAAAGAGAUAACUUAAAGGAGAUGUUCUUUGAGCAUGAAAUGAUAUCAACAACUAUAAAUUAA